CCCGUCAAUAGGGUUUUUGUCUAUAACCCCCUCUCUCUCUCUCUCUCUCCUUAGGACAUCAUCAACUCGAGUCUCUAUACACGCCACUCUUACCGAAGCGAAGUUCUGAAGUUGUUUUUCUCUAGCGGAAUCAAACUGUUGAGAUGAGAAAAGACAGGCCAGCUGUUGCAAGUUCAAGUAAAAUCAAAUUUGAAGACUCUGAUGAACAUGAAUCUUCGUCUGAAGAUGAGGAGGAGAAGGAGAUAGAGGAGGAGCUUGCUGAUGUGACCUUUGAGGAAUUGCAGAGAGCACGGUCUGAUGGGUCGGAUACAGUGUAUAGGAAGUUUAGUUCUGAAGGAAAAAGUGGCCGAGCAAACAAGAACAGGCCAGUGGAGAUGAGUAGCAAGAAGCCAGUGAGCAGAUUUAGGGAAAUUAUCCAAGUCCCUAAAAAGGUUACUCGUGACCCUCGCUUUGAGUCUUUAUGUGGCCAGCUUGACGAAGAUGGAUUCAAAAAGAGAUACAAUUUUCUUUACGAGGAUGAUCUUCCAGCAGAAAAAGAGGAUCUGAAGAAACAAAUGAGGAAAUCAAAUGAUCCGGAAGAGAUAAGUGAACUGAAAAAUCGCAUUGGUUGGAUUGACAAGCAAUUGAAAUCGGCAGGAUUGAAACACACUGAGAGAGAGAUUUUGGCAGAGCAUAAGAAGAAAGAGAGAGAAGCUGCUAAGCAAGGGAAACAACCUUAUUACCUCAAAAAAUCUGAAAUUCGGCAGCGCAAACUUGUUGAGAAAUACAAGGAACUCAAAGCAUCAGGCAAACUGGAAGCAUAUAUCGAGAAGAAAAGGCGCAAGAAUGCUGCAAAAGACCACAGAUACUUGCCAUAUCGGCGUCCUGGCGAGCAAGAGAACAAGUGAAAUAGCAGGUUUACAUGCUGUAGCAAAUUUGUUUGCUUGGGUUUCUCAUCACAAGCAUGUAGAGAGCUUGCUUGUUGGUAUGCAUGAAUAUGGGCCCUCUCAUCCAAGAUGUAGAGGCAUUGGGAAGAGCCAACUUCUUUUGUUACUUCAAAGGUGCGGCUACUCUUCCUAUGUAUGCCUCGGUAUAGCUAAUCUUGAUGAAUAUACUAGUUAUAUUGAGAGCCUUGAAGAAAUAGUUAAUUUAUGAUAUCACUAACAUAAACACAAUGCAGUAGUUGAUCUUGAUCAUGCCUCAAGUGAGUCAUUGUGUCUUCAAUUUUGCUUUCUACUGACUAAAAGAAUGAAGCGGACAUUCCUGUUAAAGGAAGUAGAACACCUCCUUUCAAAUUCAAAAAGAAAAAGUAUUACUACUGCUGAGUAGCUA